AUGAACCAAUUGUUGCUACUUUUCUUCAUUGCCAUUUGUACCCUUUCAAAUGGGCAAAACAAUGAAACCUCAAGUCUCUUUUCUAGCAAACAAAUUGAAGUUUCAUUUGGCAAUUUUAAAACCAUCUUCCGCCGACUGUACCGGUCGCUUACCACCGAGACUGAUCGUUUGCGAAUUUUCGGUGAAAAUCUAGAGUACAUCGAGAGCUUCAACUCUAGGCGAGAUGCAUUUCGCACGUACACACUUGGAGUGAACAACUUCACCGAUCUCUCGCAGGAUGAGUUUCACCGCCUGUACAAUGGUUUCAUUCAGCGAACGCAAGAUCCGUCCUCUGCUGCUGAGGAGCGCAGAGCUGGGAGGACACUUGAGGUAAACGUCACCGAGGAGAUGCUUCGCCAGCGACUGCCACGAACUGUGGACUGGUCACAGCGAGGUGUGCUUACGCCUGUGAAACAGCAAGGUCAGUGUGGGUCUUGCUGGAGCUUUGCCGCCGUGGCAGCUAUUGAAAGUCAGGUGGCCAUUCACACUGGCCAGCUGGUCAGUCUGUCGGAGCAGAACCUACUCGACUGUGCCGUCUACGGCAACAAUGGCUGCGCCGGUGGGCUGAUGAACAAUGCCUACGAGUAUGUCAUUCAAAACGGUGGCAUCGACACGGCAGAUUCAUACCCGUAUCUUGGUGCUCAACGCUACUGUCGCUUCAACACGUUCUCGGUCGGCGCUCAAAUCUCCUCGUACGUGAACCUGCAGCGAGGUAGUGAGGCAGAGCUGAUGUACGCUCUGGCCCACAGCGGCCCUGUUUCCGUGGGCAUGGACGCCAGCAGACAGUCGCUGCAGUUCUACUCAUCCGGCGUGUACGAUGAUCCCUCCUGCAGUUCGUACAAUCUCAACCAUGGAGUGGUCGUGGUUGGCUACGGCACCACCACUGACGGGGUGGACUACUUCAAGGUGAAGAACUCUUGGGGGCAAUCCUGGGGGAUGGGUGGAUACUUUCUCAUUCGCAGAAAUGCCGGAAAUCGAUGCGGCAUCGCUACUCAGGCUAGCUAUCCUGUCUUGUAA